UCUCACUACCUGACAUGCAAAACCAGCGGGGGACCAGUUAAAAUGGCGCACGCGCACAGUCAACACAGGUGUGCUCCAGUCAAAACACUGAGCCUCCUGACCUCUCCCCCCCCCACCACCACACACACACACACACACACACACACACCUUCUCUAGAACUCCAAACCUUCACCACUCUUUCCAGAGUGUUAUGGAAAUAAGUGCAGUGAUUUCGCUGGGAUACUGUACCUGCAGGUCGUCGAGUGAUAAGGGUUGGAUGUUAGGAUCGGCGGUGAGGUGAUUUCUAGGUUGGUCUGUAAAAUCGGGUGUGAGGAUCAGAGGUUGAGGGUGAGAUAAAAGACAGAUCAGUAGAAGAAAAGAGGACUAAGAUAGCUAGAAUUCAGAAGAUGCCGAGGUCUUUCCUUGUGAAGAAGAAACGAGGGGCAUGUGGAGCAUGGCAAUGGAAAGAGCCGGAACAGCUCGAGUGGAAAGAACAUGAUACACUAGUGAAUGAAAUUCCUAUGGAGCAGAUAUCCUGCUGUACGGAUAUCCAACAGCCGGCAAUUGUGCCUCAGUCAAUAGCCACCUUACAAUGUGGGACAGCGGCUGGAAUGAGAGUGUCGGUACCUUUUGCAGGAUCGGUAGGACCGGGGGCCGACACCAGGCCAGACUGGUCCACACUUAUGCUACGGCGCUCCCUCUACCAUCCCAGUGCACUGGCACUGGUCAGCAGAGCUAAGCCUCGUCCCCGUACUUCCCCCGGAUCAGGUGACUUUGUGUGCUCGCUGUGCCACAAGAUAUUCCCUCUGCAGCGCAUGUUGACUCGACACCUGAAGUGCCACAGCCUGGUGAAGAGACAUCCUUGUCGAUACUGUGGAAAAGGAUUCAACGACACCUUCGACCUCAAGAGGCACAUGCGAACACACACAGGUAUCCGUCCCUACAAAUGCGAGUUAUGUGAGAAAGCCUUCACGCAGCGUUGCUCUCUCGAGUCCCACAUGAGGAAGAUUCACAGCGUUAGCCAACAGUACGCCUACCGCCAGAGACGCUCCAAGAUCUUUGUGUGUGAGGAUUGUGGUUUCACCUCGAGCCGCCCCGAUGAGUACUUCCUCCAUGUGAGACAGUGCCACCCCGGCAGUCCUGCCCUCCGCAGGUACUAUCGCCGCCAGGCCCACGAGAACAGCGGCUUCGCUCCAGCUGACCGUAAACUCAACCCCUAUAUGCUGUACUCGACCCCUGCAUACUACAUGUAGGGCUCAUUCUCUGAACUAUGGUAGAAUGAAUUUGUAUUCAACUAUGUUACACUUACAUCUUUUUUUGUGUUCAAAACAACUUUUUAUCACCUGCUUUUAUCACUUUAAUGUUGUUUUUAAAUGAUUUCUUUCACUAUGUUUAUUG